AUGGAGGGACUUAUUCCUUUCGUGUACAGGGCUAUAGUGCAAUACAAGAACGGAAACGAAGCUGGGCCUCUAGGGACCUGGUUCAGUGAGUCACCUUCGGCUUCGUACAUGCGACUUCCAGGCGAUUCAGGUCGGUUUCAAACAUCCGAUAUACGAAUUUUUGGAUCCGACUAUGGCUUCUCUACCUCUUCAACAUCAUCAUCUAAUAUGAAUUCUUCUACAACUCAAAUUAUUGUUUCUACCGGAGCUCAAUCUCCUCUUAAUUGUCGUUUGACUUCUCGCCGUGUUGUUACAUAA